AUGGUGCCAAACACGUGUAAUGCUAUGACCACUGUGGCAUAUCAAAUGUUGAAGAUAAAACAGCAACAACAACAACAACAGAAUAAUAAUAACAAUCACCACCCGAUACAUGCUCACCAUGUGGUGAUUGACGACAAAAAUUCGCAAGAAUUUACGUAUAUUAAAAACUCGGCUGGCCAAGACAAGGCUGAAGUUUCUAAUAUAAUGAUUAAUGACCAGGUUUUCGCUUCGAGCGGAAAUUCAAGGAGGACAUACCUGCAACAAUUUAAAGAUAAAUUUGUAAAUACACACAAAGGUAAUCUCCACUUUGAUAUUAAACUCGACGAUGAAGAGGAAGAGGACGAAGACGAUGAAGACAAUAACAAGAACGAUUCCUCUUCUUUGAAUUAUAGCAAGAAGCAACAACAUCGACCACAACUUCCAAAUCGAUGGUACCAUGUUACCGACAUGGAUGACAUAAUUGCAUCAGAAAUGAUGACAAUUGAUUUGGAACAACAAAAACAUGCACAAACAGAUGAAGAUUUUGGAGAAGACGAUGACAACAUGCACCAUGAAACGGUUUCUGUAACACUAAACAGAAAUCCUUCAUCAUCCAAUGGUGACAAUGUACAUAACAAUGAUGAUGAUAGCAACAAUGCAGGAACAUCAUCAACAUCAUCCUCUACAUCUUCUUCAAAGAGCAAUGCUGGGAUGCUCAAUAGUGGUAGUGCUGCUACCAUAAGUGGCUCAUCUUUUGAGAACUCUGCUUCUGAAAACACACAAGUGAGGCUUGUAUUUGAUCCACCUGUGUUGGACUAUGAAGACAGACCCCUAUGCAAUCCAAUUGCCAAGACAUUUACAAUCACAAAAGAAGCCACGGAUGAUGAUCAGCAACCACUUCAAGUAACAGCUGUUACAACUGAAUCUUUAUUAUUUCAUCCUUCAAUAAGCAAGAAAGAGAAUAAUAAGAUCACAAUUAAUGUUAUUUUCUUGCCAAGAACUUUAAAACGAUCCGAAGGAUCCAUCAUUGUUCAUACAAACAUUGGAACCUAUAUCUACAAGGCAUAUGGAGGUGGAAUUGAAAAUGCAUACAACAUCAAACCGAUUCUUGGAUACAAGCUUCCUGUAGGAGCUGACUAUAGAAAACCUAUUUAUAUGCACAAUCCUCAUCAGAAUGAAACUCUUCUCAUCAAAGAAAUUUAUACAAGUGAAGAUUUUCUAUUAUUAAGUUUACCAGAUCAAAAUAGUAACGAGAAAAACUUGCAGAAAAAGAAUUUAUUGUUAUCGUUAUGGAAAUUAGAGCCGCAACAAACAAAAUCAAUAAUCUUAUUGAACUUCCAUGCUACUCAACCCAAGACACAUACAGGAUUUGUUCAUAUCAAUACCAACCGUGGGCAAUUUAUAAUUCCAGUUGAAUUUAUUGUCUCAAAGAAUGGUGUACAUCGAGUUGUGGACGAAAUUGACUUUGGUACUUUUAUUACACCCAAUGAGAAGAGAGUGCGUGACGUUGUUUUACUCAACUCUUCUCCUCAUCCUGUUUUGGUGUAUGAAGCCUCAUUGGUCUCUGAAGAUAGCAAUGUAAAGUUAGAAUUUCAAAAGAAUGUCAUGCAAGAAGGUUCAAUAGUUACGGUGGCCAAAUUAUUUUACAUCUCUCAAACUCAAGGUGAUGUUUCUGGUAAAAUUGUUUUCAAGACCAACGACACAAACAGUGAAAAUAUGGGAAUCAUUGAAGUUCCUUAUCGCGCUCGCAAUGUACAUGGAACUUUGGAUUAUAGAAUGAAUAGUACCGCCUUUUACACUGGUGAUGGAAAAGAAAAGAUCCAUGAAAUGGUACUUAUCAAUGGAUUUCAGUCUCCCAUCAAAUUUAUCUCGUGUGAUGUGUUCGAUAAGCAGUUUACGAUUGAAGAAUUCGUUCCAGGCACUAUAUUACAGCCCAAUGAAAAGAAGAAGGUUCUCUCAAUCAGAUACACACCUGCUGGCGAAAACGACGUUUCUACUAUGCGAAAGGCAAAUUUAAUUCUUCAUACCAAUGUUACACGACUGUAUAUUCCUCUCUAUACCUAUCAUGGAAACCUUGAUCACUUGCCAAUUGACACCGAAAAGAACAUUCUCGAUGUUGAAAGAGCAAACGAAGGAAUUAACUUGGGUAUUUUGAGCUUGAGCAGCAGAAAAAUUCAUUACUUUGCAAUUUCCAACACAAAUCCCGUACCAAUCAAAAUUAUUGACUGGAAAGUGAUGGGAAUGGCAAAUAAGAAGUCAAGUAUCUCUAUAUCUUAUGUUAAAUCAUUCCAUCCAAGCGAUGAUUUACACUCAUUGACCACUUUUAAACCAACAAAGCUCAGUGAAAAUAUCAAUAACAAACAUUUGGAAGGAGCGAAGGAUUCAUUUAUUUUUGCCAUUCUUCCAAAUCAAAAGAUUAUCAUGAAAAUUGAUAUUUAUACACCAACAUCAGACGAGGAACAAAAUGGUUAUAUUGAGUUUGUGACUCACCCCAAAAAUUUAGUUAUUCCAUUCAAGUUUCUCUGCAUGGAAGGCAGCUUGUCUUUCUCCAAUCAGCUACCAUUUGAUCCUACCUUCCCUGGAAAAAUUCAAAAGAAAAACAUUUAUGCAACCAAUACUUUUGGAAGAGCUAUCACCAUCACUGGUGUUAAAUCAACCGAUGAAAGGUUCAUUCCACAAAUCACACACAAAACUAUUGAAGCAAAUCAAAAGAUGAAUAUUGGCUAUGUCAUUUUAGAUGCAUCAAAAGUGUCAAAGGAAAAGAAUUACAUGCUCGAUGAUGGUAAGAUGUAUUCGAAUAAUUAUUCAAAGAAAAUUUCUUCCAUCUCGUCCGAAGAAUUUACCAAGUACAGAUGGAGAAAUGGACUUUUUGAAGAAAUCAAAAAUGCAGGCCAAACCAAUGUUAUCGCAUCAGUUUCUAUUGAUACAGAUAUUGGAAUUAAUUGCAAUAUUAAUGUUUCUACAACAUUGGAGUAUCCAAAGCUCUCUCCAACACGUCAAAUAUCGUUCAAAUUGACACAUGUCGGAUCCAGUGUUUCUCAAUAUCUCACAGUUGAAAAUCCCUCAGAUCAGUUUAUAUCUCUGCAACUAAUCCUUGGAAACGGUUCUUUGGCCAAAUUUUUACAACGUAAUGCAAAAGGCACAUUACCAAAGAAUGACAUUCAGGGAGACAAGUCAUAUACUGAAUUCAGAUUACCCAAAGACGGAAUGACUUUUGCUAAUAUUCCUCCCCAUAGGCAUGCUAGUUUGGGCCCAAUCAUUUUCACCCCCAAGUCUGAUUCGACAGAAUCUGUGGCAUAUCUCUACAUUAGAAAUAAUCUCACUAUAUUUGAUAUUGUGAAAUUGACUGGAAUUGGUGGUUCUUCUAAACUUGUAUUUAGCGGAGAGAAUGGAAAUGAUUUGACUUCCCUUAAAUUCGAAAUUAAGGAAUCACAAUUGGGUACAUGGGACAAUUAUACAAAUAGAUUCGUUCAAAACAAUUAUAGCAGCAGCAAUGGAAGCGACGAAUCAUCAAAGACAACCACAGAACUCAUCUUCCAUAAGAAGUUUACUCUACAUAACAAGGGAAAUAUGCCUAUUACCAUUCUGAGUAGUAGCAUUGAAAAUAUGGGAUGCAGUGCCUAUGGAGUGAAAAUUCAUAAGUGUGGAAGAUUUGAACUACAACCAGGACAAAGUACAAGUUACAAAAUUUCUUACAAACCUGACUUUACCACAGCAGUUGUAGAUUUAUUUAUUCGAAUUAAUACCGAUCAAGGAAAGAUGUCCUUCCCCAUUCGUUUCACUCUUCCAUACAAUGUACUUCCCUAUUUCUAUGAGACCCAACCAUUAAGCACUGGACACAGAUUAUUCAGAGUUGCAGCUACUUUUAUUGUUUUGACUUUGGCAGUUUAUAUCAUCUUUAGAGCUUGUCGAGAAUUGAAGACACUUGACUCUUCAGAUAACGAACUUCCUUCUUCCAUAAGCGAAUUUCUCAAACCUAAUUUUUCUUCUUUCCCUUUCAUUACUUUCCCAUCCACAGAUGUUGAGAAACAACAAGUAAAUGCAAACCAUAGCAAUAAUGCUGUCAACAAAGAGGGAGAUGAUAAUGAUAAGACAUCCUCAGAAGACGACGCAAAUCGAAAGAAGAAGAGCGAUAAGAAGAAGAAACAGUCCACAAGCUCAACGGCUCAGAAAACGACAACUGCCAGCACUUCAAAAACUCCUGAGAAAAGUACUUCUUCUAAAAAGGCAAAACCCUCAAAGACCACUAGCACUUCGAUGAACCAUAGCUCCUCAGAAGAUGAUGAGAACAAGCUCGUUGAAGUUGUGACUUCAGAUGUUAUUGACGCACAAGAAAAAUCGAGCACAAUAACACAAGAACAUGAACAACAAUCGACAUUGUCAAGAGAAAAUUCGGAGCCGUCUUCUCAAACUUCAUCAAUUGUCGCGAAUUCGAGCGGAGGUGACAUUCCUUUGGGUCAAACGCCUCAGCACUCCACAAAGAAACAUCAGUACAGCGAAGAUAAGAAUACAAGCAAUACGUUUGUCAGUAGUAGCAAUGUUGCCACCCAACCUCAAGAGAAUGCCACAACAGAGGACAUUCAUUCGUCAUCGUCCACCUACGAAAGCAAAAACACUUCGAACAAGUCACAAUUUACCAAGAAAUAUCAACAACAAGACCCUACUAAAAAGCAACCAAUGGAUAAGAGACAACAACAAACCAAGAAGAAGUUCAACGAAAAUGAACCAAUUAUCAUUAAGCCAAAAACAUUUGUUGCAGUUCCAAGCAAUUCAUCCUCGAGCAAUGAAAAGCCAAAAUUCUAUGCGGUUAAACCUGUAACUCAUUCAGGUGACCACGGAAAUGCUGACAUGGCUGCUGUCAGCACAUCCAACACGAAAAAUUAUGAGUCCACAAUCAAUCCGUUGCCAGGAACCCGAAGCAGGACACCAAAUUCCAAUGAAAUGACCAGAUUCACCAGAGAGAGCCCACUCAUGAAAACUCCAGAGCCGGUUGUGUCAACUACCUCCGCCAGUAGCAAUUAUGGAGACCAUUCACAACAAUAUUCGAACAAGAAACCUCAACCAAUUAAUAUUUCUCCAAAUCUCGAUAAUUUGCUCAAUCAAGCCACGAGAGAAAGAUCCACUUCGGACUCUGCCACUUACGAGCCUGUUUCAUCCUCAAUUUCUGAGUCACAAGCCAUGAACACUAGUAACUUGGAUGAAAAGAGCACCACCACAACAGGUAGUGUCACCAGCGAUGAUCAAGCGCUCUAUGGAAGCAUUGGAAGUAAUUUGAGUGGAUUAUUGAAUGACAAUUGCAGUACUCCUUCUCCAGCCACUAACAACCUAACUACAGAUUUUACUAAUGAUUUAUUGCGAAGUGUUUCAGUUUCUCCUCCUCCACUCGUUCAAUCCAAUAUUCAUAGUCAUGCUCCAAAGGAGCAAGUUGGAGUGAUUGGUAAUCAUGCAAGAAAAGAUCAACAUAGUAAUUCGUUGCAAGUUGGCGGAAUUUCUUCUUCACAACCAUAUUGGUACUUUGGUAGCGCACAACCUCAUCAUUACCAUCAUGGUGGACUUAUUAGCAACACUAGCACCAACAUGAUUCCACAAGCAAAUACUUCAUUAUUUGGUUCAUCUCCUUACUCUCUUCACAAUGGUUUUAUUGGAAGCCCAAAUCCACAGCCAUCAUCGAAUGUGACAACCACACCAUUUGGAAUGCCAAAUCCUCUCAUUAACCCAACUCUAUCUUACAAUAAUGCCAUGAACAGAAUGGCAUUCCAGCAAAGUAGGCCGGCAUACUUUUCAUUGUUCGAUUCUAGACCAUUAUUCUCGCCAUCUGAUCACAAUUCGUUCUUCAGCUUGAGCAAUAUCCAACCUCAUCCUCAACAACAUUUGCAACGAUCACAAUCGAGUAGCCCAUCCCACAGCGAUGGCAGCGGUAAUGCAGAAUAUGGAAGUAUUGGUAUGCAACAACAUCAACAUGGUAGUGGUACUUCAUCAUUGUUCUCCUAUGGUUUUCCUUACGAGGAUCAUGAUAAACAUUAA